CUCUCUCUCUCUACAACACUUGCUCUUCUCGGUCUUCUGUUUCUUUUGCUUUCUCUGUUUCACCCUUUUUCAACGCCUUUUGAAAAUUUUGAUUUUGCUUCAUUCAUGUAUCCGAGGUGAUGAUGGGUUGGGGCAGUGGUUCGCCAUGUUCUCCUCGUCUCAACAUCCCACUUUUUUGCCCCUCUUCUUCACUCUGCAAACUAUUGGGUGUCUGUUCAUCCACAGCUCAAUUUUGUUCUCUUGCUUGAGUAUCGAAUGCAAGCCCCCGAUCUAUCGCUUAAUUCCUCCGUGAAAGAAGAAAGAACCUUUUCUGCUCUUUCGUUUCUUGGAUUUUCUUUCUGAUGAUGUCUGAAGAAACCUCCACAGCGAUCCAUAACGAUGGGUCUCCCCAAGAAGAAGAAAAGCUGGUGAACAACCACAACCAUAAGUACUCUACUAGGAAAGAGCGGCCCCCUCGGGCUUGUACGGCUCGCUCCGCUGCUCGGCUCUACCAAGCUGCACCCACCAUCGAGCGCAAUCAGAUUCCUUCCAAGAAAGAGAAGCAGGAGCAACAACAGCAGCAGCAGCAGCAAUGCAGUAAGAUCAUUACUCCGCUCAUUAAUGAGCCACCGUCUUCGCAAUUACCCCGCUGGAAUCUCCGCUCGAUGUGGGAGUUGUCUUCCCUUCUUAACUUCUUACAUGUUUUUAGACACCUUUUGAACAUCACAAUUGAGUUCUCGGCGGAGGAGGUUGAGACUGCUUUGAUUACACCAAAUAGCACUUUGGAUGAUAUACAUAUACCCUUGUUAAAGGCAAUUCCUCCUGUUACCAGAAUGGCACUGGGCCGUGCUACUUGGGUUACAGUGUUAUGCAGAAAAUUGAGGGAUUGGUGGCAUUGGGUUGCAGAAGGGGAAGUACCAAUUGUAGCAUCACAUGGGACGGAAGUUGAAGUUUAUAAGGCACUCGAUCCUGGGACUCGUCUGGUGAUUCUGAAAGCACUCUGUGACAUCCGGGUCGAGCAAGAAGACAUACGGAACUACAUUGAUGACUCUGUUAAACAUGGGGUUCAACUUUCUGCAUUUCGUAAAGAACGUAUUGGAGGUGAUUCGCAUGGAGUUUCAUAUUGGUAUGAAGAUGAUCCUAUAAUCGGUCAUCGAUUGUACCGGGAGAUCAGAAAAGUUGAAGUGAAAAGAGUGAAGGCAAAAGGGGCUCCAACUAUCCCAACCAUAUCUUGUCAAUGGGAAGCAGUUGCGACAAACUUGGAUGAAUUUCAAGAUGUUUCUGAGAAACUUUUCUCAAGUAAAAAUAGAACAGAGGCUGCGGUUGGAAAGAAGUUAAAGGUAGACAUGCUUCCAGAGAUAGAGAAGAUCUACAAGAGGAAAGAGAGGUUGCUGAAAAAGCAACAUCGACAAGCUCUCCUUCUUGACAGCUGUUUGACUGCAGAUGGCGUUGGUGCAGGGCGUUCGCUUCGUGACAGAAAGCCUGUUACUUAUACAUUUGAUGAGUUUGAUCGGUCUAUCAAUGAGGCCAUUAAAAUAACCAAGCGGAAACAGCCCUCCCCAGAACAUGUUAUCAAAAGAGAAGUUGGGACAACGUCUGAGCCUUCUACUAAUGGCAAAUGGCAUGGUCCAUCGCAUGCCCUGCAGCAUGAGUCCUAUGAUGCGCUGUCACCAAAGUCAAAUGAUUAUGAAGAAACCGAUGCAGAGCAUCAUAAGUCUGGACCACUAGAUCGCAGCGAUCGGCGAAGGCAGAGGCCCCAGAGGUACUCAGAGAAAGAGUUUGUUGAAGCUGUAUCAGAUAAUGAAGCAGACUUUGACAGUGAUGAUGAUAUAGUUGGAGAAGCAGUGUAUGAUGAGGAGUAUCUGAGGAGCCGAAAACAAAGGAAGAAGGUAUCUAGCAGCUCAGAGGGAGAUGAGGAGUACCGUUGGGAUGAGAAUGUUGAAGAGGAGGAGGAAGAAGAGGAAGAUGAUUCUUUGAGCGUUAGUGAAGAUACUGAUGAGCAUCUUAGUUCUAAGAAAUUACCUAGUCGAAGCAAGAGAGGAGCCAAAUUAAGGUCAGUUGAUGAGCUUCAGUCAGGUUUGAGACGAAGCAAGAGGGCUACUCGAAACCGAAUUAAUUAUCAACAGUAUGAGAUGUCUGAAUCAGAAGCAGAUUCUGUGAAACAUGAGAAACCAAAUGCUUCAGACAGGCAAUCAGAUGCAAGCAAUGAUGUGGAGUACUCCAUGGGAAGUCAGGAUUCUCAGGGUGAUGAGGAUGAUGAGGAAAGGAAAGUUGAUCAACCAGUUCAAGAGUACCGUGAGACGGUAGAAAAGGAGCAAAGCCAGCCACCUGAGAAAACAAAUAGCACAGGUGAGGAGGAAUCUAAUGGUGUACGAAAAAGACGAUUUCUGGACCUAAAUGAGCUUGCUGGUUUUGAUGAUGGCCCUGACACACCAAUGAAAGAUGAAAAUACGGACAAUUUCUAGACUAUCCUCUCUUAUGAAUCCACCCUCCUUUGGGGCUCUGCACACUGGCUGCUGUGGGAAAGUGGGGGUUCGUACACCCCUUUCUGGGUCAAGCUGGAUGCAUGGUGGGCCAUAUUCCUAAAUUUUGCUAUUAUUUCAUGAAAGGG